AUGAUUGAUAGUGAAGCAACCAUACCUUCAUCUUUAGUUUCUGUAGAGACUGAAAAUGUUGAAACAGAUACAGCAAACUCGGAUAAAUCUCUUUCCCACAUCGACCGAACUAGCAAUUCCCCUGAUACGGCAUCCAAUCAAUUCCAAUCAAACAACCCAUUUCGGUCUUCAAGUCUGAUAGUAUCGGCACCUUCACUGGAGUCAAUGCCAGUUUCUCAAUUAAGGACUAGAAUUGCAAAUGCAGAAUUGGUGAAUUAUCCAUUUAAAACUUUGAAUAGGAUCUUGGAUGACUUGAAAUGGACAGUUCCAGUCCAGGGAAAAUAUAAUUUCAGCAUGUUAAACAGUAAGCCAAUAGAUUAUAGUGAGGAAUUGAGCAAGGUUGUUAAUUCGAGCGUCACGAAUUUUGAAACAUUGAUUUUAAACAAUGAUUUGGAGUAUUGCAAGUCAAUUGAGAAAGUGGAGUAUUCCAAUAGUCAGCAAAUGCUUUAUAUUAUGCGAGGUAUUUUGCUGGACAAAAGGCACGGAAUUUAUCAUUUCAGAUUGGCUGCAUUGGAAACUGACUCUAACCCAUUUGUAACCAAGCUCAUUGAUAAACAUCAGUACCACGUCAUUCCCAAAUCCAGCAUAUCACCGCAUGAUUUACAAAUUUUAUUGGAAAAUGCUUCUGAUAUUGAUAAAAUUGUUGAUGAUGCAUUUUUCAAAAGUUUGAAUUCACCAAAUGGUCAAAUUCUAAGGGUGACAUUGUUCCAGGCAGAAUUCACCCAAGAAGAUUUAGUACCAUUGACAGAUGAGACGAUAAUACGAGAAAGGUAUUUAGAAGGAAUUAAAAGACACCCAAAUUUAUCACCUGAAACAAUUCCAAACCCACUUCAUUGUAUAAAAACUUUGAUCAAAGUGUUAAGAGGACCGGUUACUUUGAAACCUCAGGACACUAUCAAAACAAUUAAUCUCAAAAAUACAGUUAUGGAUGCACAAAUUGACGUCAAUUUACUUUUUGAUAAAUUAUCGUUUACGUUAAAUGGAGAUGAAGCAGUACCACCAGACUUGAACAAUUUUCCCGACUUGAAGGAAUCGUACAUUAGAAAGCUUUUGGAGUUGAUAUAUUUCGCGAAAAACUUAAGAGUUCCAAAUAACGAGUUUCAGACCUUGUAUUCGUUUUCAGACAACAUGUCUCAAGUAUUUCACACAAUAGUUGAAUACGAUAAGAACGUCAGUGUGAGACAUUUCAGCAGCAAUUACUCAAACAGAUUUCCUUAUUUCAUUAAUUUAAGUGCAUCUGCCUAUUUUCCCGAUGAAUUGAUAAUAAAAUGCUUUGAACUUACAGUACAGUCCGACCCAAUCAAUCAGCUAUACUAUGUGGAUUCCUUAAAGCAAGUACGAAGUUUUAGAAACAACAACGGAGGUUAUUCAAUAAACAAUAAGCUUGACAUAUAUUUCAGACAGAGGAAUUUGAUAGGCUACAGUGAUUUUCUUGAGUCAAUGAAGGUAUUGGGAUUAGCAGUUGAAAACAAUGAAAUUGAAGCAAUUGACGAUGAUGUUAUUAUUGCAAUGUAUCGGAGCCAAUUCAAAAAUGAUCCCAAGAAUUACCAGUAUUAUAAUAACCAUUUGAACCGAAUUGCAGAUAUCAAAAGUUCUGAAAAACUUGAUGAUUUCAUUCAGAAGGAGUUGUUACCAAUCGAUUUAGCACUCGACGAGUUGAGUAUUGAAGAGAUCACAGAGGAUGAUGUUGUGAUUACUGCAUACGAAUUCAAGCUUGAUGAGUUAUUGCAGCAAAAUGGAUUUAAUGGAAAUGCUAACGAAGUGGUUUUUUUGAAUAAGGCUUUACUUUCAGUUGCAGUCCAUCGAAGAAGUUACAUAUUAUUGGAGUAUUUAGAAACCAAAUUACCUGAUUAUGUGAAAGUACCUUCAAUGAAUGACAUGACCACUCGCAAGGCAUUUGAAACCCUUAAUAUUGAUGUCCAGGCUCCUGAAUCAGAAAUCAUCAGCACUUUUCAAGAUAAGCUUCUUAAGGGAGAUGUGGAUAUCCGGUUGUUAAGAUACGCAUUAAAAUUGGUUGCUGAGUCCAAAAAAUCAGAAAUAUUAUUCAGUUUUUUGAGUACUGGUAAAGUAGAUACAUCAUUACUCCCAGCGCAGAAUUGGCCAGCUGGCUUAGACAAUAUUGGUAAUACAUGUUACUUAAACUCGUUACUACAAUACUAUUUUUGUAUAAAACCAUUGAGAGAAUUGAUUUUAACAUUUAAUGAAAACAAUUUUAGUGCUAGUGAUUAUCCUGAAACAAGAAAGAUUGGUGGGAGGAAAGUAGAAAAUAUGGAGCUCCAAAGAUCCAAUCAAUUUGUUUAUCAAUUGCGUCGAUUAUUUCAAGAAAUGAUUUAUAGUAACAAAAGAUGUGUUCAACCAAGUAAAGAAUUAGCGUAUUUAUCAUUUCUUCCAUUGUCACAGCCUGUCAAUUUCAAAAACCACGCGAAGACUAAUCAUGUGGAUGCAACUGUGAUUGAGGGAAAUGAUCAAGUUCAAUUAACUGAAAUUGAGAACAACAAGAAUGUUGGUACAACAUUUGAACAAGGAGGAUUUGAGGAGGGAAUAUAUCAGCAAUCAGAGAACGGACUCAAUGGUGAUAAGGAUGUAACUAUGACUGAUGGUGAUGAUGAGAAAAAUGUAGAAACAAAGGAUAUCAUACACAUUGAUGGUGAAAUUGAAACUGAAUCUAAUGAGAAUAAUAAAGAUUAUUCGUUGGUUGUUGAAUCUUCGCAGUCGCCACGGUCAUCAAGAUCUAUUAUUGAAGAUGAAAUAGAAACUCCUGAUGCUACUUCAAGUGACGAUGAUGAAGUUGGAUCGAGUCCCAGAAUAUUACCCAUACUGAGCGAUCAAAUUGAGAGCACAAUUGAAGUUGGUAGACAACAAGAUGUCACUGAAUGUAUUGAGAAUGUCACAUAUCAAAUCGAAACUGCAUUACCACCACAAUUGAUUGAUAAGGAUGGCGAACAAUAUGAUUUAAUCAAACAAUUAUUUUGUGGCAAAACCAAGCAAACCAUCGUUCCCUUGGAUAAACCUGAUGAUCCACCUAGAAUUUCUUUAGAAAGGUUUUUCAGUUUGAUUAUUAAUGUAAGUGACCAUCCCAAGAGUAUUUAUGAUGCAUUAGAUUAUUAUUUCAACGAAGAUGUAGUCAAAUUGGAUGAAGGAUUAGUUAAGAAAAGUAUUACGAUUCUGGAACUACCACAAAUUUUGCAAUUCCAUGUGCAACGAGUAUUAUUUGAUCGUGAGAAGUUGAUGGCAUAUAAAUCAAUUGAACCAAUUCCAUUCAGUGAUAAGAUUUAUUUGGAUCGAUAUUUGGAUACCCAAGAUGAGGAAAUUUUAUAUAAACGAAAUCAAGUGUUUGAAUGGAAACGAGAUAUUGUCAAAUUGCAACAACAUAAAUCCGAUUUAUUGAAAAUUGAUCCUGAAACAUCGGUAUCAUUAAUUGAUAGUUUGAAAAUCACAGAAAAAUACCUUGAAAAUAAAAUUAUUCUGGAUGAUUCAUUAAGUAUUGAAUUAUCAACUAUACAAACGAUUAAUGAUGAGAUCAAAAAAUUGACAUCGAAUUUACAAGACAUUGAUAAUCGAUUGAAUGAAUUGAAUCAUUUAAUAAAUAUACAAUUCCAAGAUUAUAAAUCAAUUGCAUAUAACAUAUUUGCUGUUUUUAUUCAUCGAGGUGAAGCAAGUUAUGGGCAUUAUUGGGUAUACAUCAAGGAUCCACAUAAUAAUAAUAUUUUCCGGAAAUAUAAUGAUGAAAUCGUCACUGAAGUUCCUGCUAGUGAGAUAUUCAAUUUCUUAGAAACAAAUACAGCCACUCCUUAUUACAUUGUUUAUAUUAAAGAGGAAUUAGAAUCAAGUUAUAUAGAACCUUUAAAAAGGGAAAUUAAAGAAUGA